GCCUCUCCUCCAGAGUGCACGCGCCGGGAGCCAGGAGACGAGUCGCGCGCAGGGCGAGUGGGAGGGAAGCUGCCAAUCGUUUGCUUCCUCCGAAGACACAGUCGUGUCGCCCCUGAAUGGACCCGGUUCUUCUUCCCUCUCAUCCCUCCGCUCACCGUGGGAUGGUACACCCUCUCCAUGUAUGACUGCAAGGACGGCCAAAGGAUGAGGAGGCAGACCGAGAGUGGAAGGCUCCCUAUGCCUCAUCUCUCGCUUCAAUGUGGUGCUUUCGUGCCCACGUCCACCUGCGCUGUCCCUGCCUGCACACUCUCUACAUAUGGACCACGUUGAAGCCCACCUUCCCGCUGCUUGCGGACUCUUGUUGAAGCUUGCAGACUUCAGUAGUUGUGGCACAUGGGCUUUGUUGUCCUGAAACACGUGGCAUCUUCCUGGACCAGUGAUUGAACUUGUGUCUCCCGAAUUGGCAGAGUUAAAUCUUCUUUGGAGAUCACACAUCUGGUGACACUGUUCACUGAACACCGUAAACUAUCAUCUUGGGGUCGCAUCCGGAAUCGUCAAGACAAGGUACUUUCAACUAAGAAGAAUAAGCCUGUCUUGCAUGAAGGCAGGUAGGGUGGGAGAGUGUGGCAGAUGUGGGAAAGAACUUGACAAAAGGAUGUGAGAACAGAAAACCCUCUGCGCCUCUCUGGCCCGAGCAGCCAGGCCUGCAGCCCUCAUUUGUCCUGGAGACCCACUGCAGCCCUUGCCCCACACUGCUGCCACUUCCCACAGGGCCAGACCUCUCCCUGCAGGGCUGCGGCCCUCACCCACCCCCUCACUCUGCCCACAGCACCCUUUCCUUCUCCCCUGUCCUUUGAGGGGAUUAGUGGAGAUAUAACAGUCCCUCCCAGCCUGGCUGUCAGCCAGAGGCUUCCGCAGGACCCAUCCCGUGAGCAGGCAAGGCAGAGUCUGCCAGGGCAAGAGGGACCCAAGGAGGGAGGUCAGGAGUCCCGGGGAAGGUCCCCUGCCGAUAUACAGACCCCAUUCAUAGGUGAGCAGAGCAGAGCCACGGGGGGAGCCUUUUGGCAGCUCACAUGUACGCACGUGUGCGAGCACACAUGCAGCAUACAUGUGAGUACAGGGCACACAUGUCUAUGUAGUGUGUGCAUGCACACACACACGUGCUCACAGGCACGCACACGUGGGUGGGCAAACACGUGUGCAUACUCACUCUGGUUCCUCUGACAGCAUACCAGUAUCCUUACUGAAAUGCAGCCUUGUGCCCCAGUUGUGUCGAGUGAUUCAAAGAAAGCAGUUAGGAUUUUACUGUGCCUCUGCCUAAGAGUGACAAGUUCCCUGGGAGCAGAGAGCAAGCAGGUUGACAGGGCUGGGAGCCCCAACAUCUGGGGGUCUUUCCCCAAAGAGUCCUUCUGUUUCUGCUAGCCCUCAAAUUUCAGACUUGUCAGAGGCCCUGGCUUCUGUUCUUCACAGCCAGCCCUGCUCAGCAGCCCCACCCAGCCUGGGCUCUGGGCAGUGGGGUCUGGUGAGGCUAUUUUAAGUCGAGCUCUUGGCCUGCCUUACACCAACUCUGCUACCGGGCACCUGCCGCCGCCUGUCAGGCCUGGAAUGCUGAUUGGCAGUUGGCUGGGGCGGGGGCUGGGGACAGACCGUUAUAAAGCUGGGGCACCCGGGAGUCACCCGCCCCUGUCCACAGCCCGCCAGUCCCCACCUCUACCACCAUGUCCACCCACCGCCUUGUGAUGGUUCGGCACGGUGAGAGCACCUGGAACCAGGAGAACCGCUUCUGUGGUUGGUUCGACGCAGAGCUGAGCGAGAAGGGGGCUGAGGAGGCCAAGAGGGGGGCCCAGGCCAUCAAGGACGCAAAGAUGGAAUUUGACAUCUGCUACACGUCAGUGCUGAAGCGGGCCAUACGCACCCUCUGGACCAUCCUGGACGGGACGGACCAGAUGUGGCUGCCCGUGGUGCGUACCUGGCGCCUCAACGAGCGGCACUACGGGGGUCUCACUGGCCUCAACAAGGCAGAGACGGCCGCUAAGCACGGGGAGGAGCAGGUGAAGAUCUGGAGGCGCUCCUUUGACAUCCCACCACCCCCCAUGGAUGAGAAGCACCCCUACUACCACUCCAUCAGCAAGGAGCGUCGGUAUGCAGGCCUGAAAGCUGGGGAGCUGCCCACGUGUGAGAGCCUCAAGGACACCAUUGCACGGGCCCUGCCCUUCUGGAAUGAUGAGAUCGCCCCUCAGAUCAAGGCUGGCAAGAGAGUGCUCAUUGCAGCCCACGGGAACAGCCUACGGGGAAUCGUCAAGCACCUGGAAGGGAUGUCGGACCAGGCCAUCAUGGAGCUGAACCUGCCCACGGGGAUCCCCAUCGUGUACGAGCUGGACAAGGCGCUGAAGCCCACCAAGCCCAUGCGUUUCCUGGGGGACGAGGAGACUGUGCGGAAGGCCAUGGAAGCUGUGGCCGCCCAGGGAAAGGCCAAGUGAAGGGCGGGCUCUGGCAAUAAAGGCACCUCCUUCCACA